AUGUUUUCUUCAAUUCCUUUUCCAAUCUCUCUUCUUAUUGGCCAGUUUGAUACGUACACGUCCCGAGACGAGGCCCUCGCCGCCGCCAAAGCCGCCGACGCCGUGCUCCUCGGCGCCAUCGGCGGCCCCAAAUGGGGCACCGGCGCCGUCCGCCCGGAGCAGGGCCUCCUGAAGCUCCGCAGUGAGAUGUGCGCCUAUGGAAAUCUCCGUCCCUGCUUCUUCGCCUCCGACACCCUCGUCGAGUCCUCCCCCCUGAAGGCGUCCGUCUGCCGUGGCACCGAUAUAAUGUUAGUCCGGGAGUUAACCUCGGGCCUGUAUUUCGGAGAGCGAAAAGAGUACGAUGGGGUUAAUGCCUUCGACACUACUGUUUACACGAAACCAGAAAUCGAGCGUAUCGCGCGGAUGGGCGGCUACCUGGCCAGGACUAGGGGAGACUCGCGGGUUAUCUCGCUGGACAAGGCGAACGUGCUGGCAACAAGCAGACUCUGGCGUAGUGUGGUUGAGGAGGUCUUCAAAAACGAGUUCCCCGAUCUCAAGGUCGAGCAUCAGCUUAUUGACAGCGCGGCCAUGAUCAUGGUCAAGAACCCGACGCAGCUAAAUGGCGUUGUAAUAGCGCCCAACUUGGCAGGGGAUAUUCUCAGCGACGAGGCGAGCGCCAUAGCUGGAAGCAUAGGCCUCCUCCCGAGCGCGAGUCUCUGCGGGAUUCCAAGCUCUCCAGUAUCUUCCAUCUAUGAACCGAUUCAUGGUAGCGCGCCGGAUAUCUCAGGGAAAGGGAUUGUCAAUCCCAUUGGCACCAUCCUUUCCGUGGCGAUGAUGUUCCGGUACUCUCUGAAUCUCGCCCACGAGGCUAAAAUCCUCGAGGACGCGGUCCGCGCCGCCAUCGACGCCGGGCUGAGAACCAAGGACAUGGGCGGCAGCACGAGCACCGCAGAAGCAGGAGAUGCCAUCGUUGCUGAGCUGGUCAAGAUUCUCAAGGCGUGA